AUUUAAAUUUCUCUCUGAGUUUUUCUUUCUCUCUCUAAAAAAAUCUACAUCAAUGGCGAAAUCACCAGAAACAGAGCACCCAAUUGUGGCUUACGGAUGGGGCGCCAAAGAUACUUCUGGUGUUUUUUCUCCACUCAAAUUCUCCCGAAGAGCCACGGGAGAAAAUGAUGUGCAGUUCAAAGUUCUGUACUGUGGGGUUUGCCAUUCAGAUCUUCACAUGGCGAAGAACGAGUGGGGAUUGUCUCACUAUCCCAUCGUACCUGGGCACGAGAUCGUGGGCGAAGUAACCGAGGUCGGUGCCAAGGUCAAAAAAGUCAACGUCGGAGACAAAGUGGGGGUCGGGUGCUUGGUCGGGUCGUGCCGCGACUGCGGCCAAUGCAAAAGCGACCUCGAAAACUACUGCCCGAAACAAGUGCAGACGUACAGCUGGGUCUACACCGACGGCACCAUCACGUACGGAGGCUACUCCAAUCUAAUGGUGGCCGACGAGCACUUUAUAAUCCGUUGGCCCGAUAAUUUCCCCCUCGAUAUCGGCGCACCUCUACUAUGCGCCGGGGUCACAACUUAUAGCCCGUUGAGGCACUUUGGGCUCGACAAGCCCGGCCUUAGUGUCGGCAUUGUCGGGCUUGGUGGGCUUGGCCAUGUGGCGGUGAAAUUCGCUAAGGCUUUCGGGACUAAGGUGACCGUUAUUAGCACUUCGUUGAGUAAAAAGAAGGAAGCCAUCGAAAAUUUCGGCGCCGACGAGUUUUUGGUUAGCCGUGACCAAGAGCAGAUGCAGGCUGCAGCGGGUACAUUGGAUGGUAUCCUCGAUACAGUAUCUGCGGUUCAUCCAAUUAUGCCGUUAAUAAAUCUGUUAAAGCCUAACGGAAAGCUUAUCUUGGUCGGCGCUCCGGAGAAGCCACUCGAGCUUCCCGUUUUCCCCCUUAUUACGGGGAGGAAGUCGAUAUCGGGUAGUGCAAUUGGAGGGAUUAAAGAGACGCAAGAGAUGAUUGAUUUUGCGGCGAAGCAUAAUAUAUUGCCCGAUGUGGAAAUGAUCCCAAUAGAUUACUUGAACACGGCAAUGGAUCGUCUUGCGAAAUCCGAUGUCAAGUACCGUUUUGUUAUCGACGUUGAGAAAUCACUAAAACCCGAGUGAAGCCGAUGUGAUGUGAUCUUCAACAACACCUCGGAAGUUGGCCUAUUAUCGGAAAAUCAGAAUAAAACCUUUUUAUUUUGAACAAUUUCGUUGACUUUGUAGACUUAUGCUUGAAUUUUUAAUUUCAUUUUUUUUUUCUAUUUCUAUUUGCAUGAAUUACUAUAUGGUGUUGUUGUGAUGGUAACAUAAAUGAGACACAUCUAGUUUUUGUUUUAUGUGAUAUCUUGAAAGCUAUUUUGUUGUUCUUGUAUUUGGUGUAAUUAUUAUGAAAUAUUUGUUCUAGUUUCAGUUCA